GACGAAUGCUUAGAUACACCUUAGAAGCCGGUGUCACGCUUCCCACCAACUCGUAGCCUUGGUCAUUCAUUAGAUGCUUAGUCGUCUCAAUCACAUUCGUACCGCCCUGUUUUCUUUCGUGACGCCUGCAAUGUCACAUGCAAUUGAUACGUCUCAUUAUCGUGCUGCCUUAUCUUCAGGCGCUCAUGCUCAAAGCGAGAUUGCCACAUUUGCUGCGGGGUGUUUUUGGGGUGUCGAACACAUAUUUCUGAAAGAGUAUCCUCCUUCGCAGAACAAGGGCAUCCUCAAGACGAGCGUCGGAUAUACCGGCGGGGUGGAGAAAGCUCAGAGCCCGACAUACAGAGAAGUGUGCACUGGGACGACCAAUCAUGCUGAGGCCUUGAGAAUUGAAUUCGACCCUUCCAUAAUCCAAUACGGAGAGCUUGUCGAGUUUUUCUACCGUACCCAUGAGCCGACCACGUUCAACAGGCAAGGCGGUGAUGUGGGCACUCAGUAUCGCUCUGCAAUUUUCACGCAUUCACCUGAACAGAGCAAGAUAGCGAAGGACGUCACGCAGAAGGUACAAGAGGAACAUUUCAAGGGCCAAAAGAUCGUGACGGAAAUUGAAGAAGCUGGGCAGUGGUAUGAUGCCGAAGAAUAUCAUCAGCUAUACCUGUUCAAGGAACCGAACGGGUACCAGUGCCCAACACACAAGAAGCACUGGUAGAUGGAUGAGAUAUUGUUAACAGUGUAACUGAGUACUGGAAUUGAUGAAUAUACAUUAAACACCAACUUAAGCCGUGCACCAGUUAUCAAAAUGACCACAAUCAAAAGCCGCCAUCAGAGUUGCGAAAGCCCGUCCCUUUACAAAUGUAACAAGGAGAGUGGUGCCGAACGGGCGAUGUCAAUGCCAACCCUGUAUAAGGUCUGACUCAACUCUCUGCACCGUCAUUUCUCGUCAUUGGCGUUUUUGAUUG